AUGGAGGAUAGCCAUCAAUCUAAGGACAUGUUUGUACUGACUUUAACCGUUGAAACUGAAUGGUAUAACGGCGGUAGCAAGUUCACUUACAGAAAGCGGCCAUCGUUAAGCAUGAUUAAUGAAUAUAGGGUUAAGCGAGCAUCUGAAAAGAUGGAAAAUAGAAAUUUGAAUAAUGAGGAAAUUUGGUACACUAUGUGUUUACGUUCACCAAUCUCUCUGCUCAUAGAAGAAUUGAUAUCUACGAGUUGGAAACUAAAAAGUGUCGUUAGUGUAGCUGUCAGUAUAGUUUUUAAAGACUUUAGAUUUAGAUCUCGGAAAGUUUGUGGUGGAGUUCGCGGAGUUCCUGAAGUUCGUGGUGUUCCUGAAGUUCGUGGUUUUCCUGAAGCUUGUGGUGUUUCUGAAGCUUGUGGUAUUCCUGAAGUUCCCACAGAUAAUAGAGAUUCUGACUGCAAGUGA